AUGCCAGGCGUGAAUGGGGCGUUGCUUGCGGAUGGUUCCCGCGAGCAGGGGAACUUGACCCCGAACCCCGACCCCGAUGCCCUUGACCCCGAUGCCUGCAUGGUCGCGAAGUGCAUUGAAGCGCAUUGGCGCAGCGUCGCACGCUGCGUCCAGGGAAAUUACCUUGGGCAUUUAUGGCCGCUGCUCGAUCACAUGGCGAGGCUGCUGAGGCGCGGGUUGGCUCGUCCUGCAGGCCUGCGCUGCCGGUGCCACGAGCAGGGGCCCGCCGAGCGCGGGGAGGCCAGCCGGCGGAAUGUGCUGCUGGGCGCGCCGCUGGUGGCCGCCGGCGCCGCCCUGGCCGGCGACGCGCGCGCGGAGGACCUGCCGGACUACCUGAGCACCGACGAUGUGGCCAACCGGUGCCCGGAGUGCGCUGGCACGGGCGUCGUGCUCUGUGACAUGUGUGGUGGCACUGGCAAGUGGCGGGCCUUGAGCCGCAAGCGCGCCAAAGACUCGUACGAGUUUGUGGAGUGCCCACAGUGUUUCGGCAGGGGGGCGCUCGUCUGCGGCCAUUGUUUCGGUACAGGUCUCAGGAAUGUAAAGGGACUUCUCAGGAGGCCAGAAGCCAGCCUGAUGGUGCAAAGAAUGCAGCAUGGAGAAAUCAAGCCAGGCGAGGUUAAGGGUCUGCUUCGCAAGGGCUACGAGGAGAUGAAGCAACGGGAGAUGCAAGAGGCGGCGAAACAAACGGAUUGA